AAAAGAAGGCAAGAGCUCCAGCACAAUUUCGCGCCACCAAUGAGCAUGUCUUCCCUCCAAAAACGCCUCUUCCUCUCUCAGAACCCUAACUCGUUGCUUCCGAGCUCUAAAGAACACUCAAUACCCCAGGAAAGUUGAAGAAAGAAAAAGAUUAAAAGAUUGCCCAUGGAAGAAUCUGCCGAUAUUCAGUCCAGAAAGAGAAGGAGAAGCCGUGUACCAUUAUCGUCGAGUUCUAACCCUUUAAUCGGCAUUUUAACCCGCCGCAAGUCCCGGAUAUAUUUGCACCAUAACCGCUCCGGAAUAACUCGCCCGGAUCCGGAUUCUAGAAAACCCAUUUCUUUUCCUCCCGACAUCGGAUCAGUGCAAGCGUUUUGGGGGAUCAAUUGUAACAAGGCUUCGCGGGUUUCAUCCAUUAAAGAUCUCCGUUCGAGACGGGUUUUCACGCCAGAGGUUAGUUCACUUCUUAAAGUCGAGGAGGAGGAUCUGAAGGAUGGGAGCACGUUGUUGAAGGGUUCAGAUCGCCGUUCAGCUCCGGGUUUGAUCUUGGAUUCCAAUGUGGGUGGUGCAGAGGUGGAUGAGCGUGAAAAAAAUGAGAUAAUGAAAGCUAAGGCAGUGGAUGAAGGAAAUGAUAUGGAAAAUAGUUUGAAUUCGAAGGACCAGUCUAUUUCUGGAGACGGGUCUAUUUCGGUAGCUAAAUUGGCUCUUAAUAGGUGUGGGCGGAAGAAGGUUUUCAGGACUCCGAGCUCUUUCAGCUAUAGAAGAUUACUUCCCUAUCUGAUGGAUAUUGUGAAUGAUGACUCUAGUGUUUCCAAGAUUGAAAUAGUAGAUGCUGGGACUCCAUGCAAAUUGCAGAAGUUGGAUGGUGCAAACUCGGAAGUGUGGUCAAUUGCUGAGAAUAGCUACACUGCUAAACUUGAGGUUGUUGUGCCCCAUGUUGAUGACAUAAAGCCAUCAGAUAACGGAGAUGUGAAGAAGUUCCAUAUAGAAUUGCCCUUCAAUCAGCAGGAUUUGAGUGGUGCAGAACAUGGAUUAAGUCGGACUACGGAGAUGACUAAACCUAUAGAAGUGAGACCAAAAGUUCAUGAGAGCGGUGCAAAUAGAAUUGAUACUUCAGUUGGAGAAGAAUGUGGCCAGACGACCCCUCCUGAUCGUGAUGUUUUUACCAAUACAGAGAUUGGUCCUGGUGGAGAAUCUAUGAAGGCUAACAGUGUGCUUACUGAGAACCAAAUUGUUAAGGGGUUAUCAGUUAAUGGUGAAAAUGGCAACAUUGAUGUCCUGAGACUGAGUCCAAAUAGCAAAGGUGGCACCGAGCAGAUCAACAGAUUGGUUCCUAAUCCAUGUUCUCGACUGAGGCUGUUCAAGAAUCCAAGAUCACUCAGCUACAGAAGAUUACUUCCGUUUCUGAUGGACAUGUCCAAAAAUAAUUCAUGUAACUCAAGAAUAACUGAGCACUCAACGGCCCAGGCUUAUCUCAAAGAAGAUUUACAUCCAUUAUCAACUGCUACUACUGAAAAAGAUUAUGUCAACAAAACUAUAGUGGAGAACUCCUCUGGUGUACAGCAUACUCAAGUUCAGAUGCAAAAUUUGUUUUCUUCAAUGGUCCCUCUGCCUCCUUCAGAUGGUUCAUCUCCUGAUACUAACAAUAGUCCAGUUUCAUCAAUGCAACAAUCAUCUUCCAGCAACUAUUCAUCAAAUGCUGAGCCCAGUGUAUUCAGUUCUGAAACCUGCACUGACCCAAUGCUGAUUAAUUUGCAGACAGGAGAGCCAGAAUCUAAGAGAAAGUUAAAACCAGGUUUUGACUGUAAAGAGGAUAGUUCAGCAUCACCACCAUCCUCCACUGUCAGUAAUGAUAUUCGGAUGGAGCAAUCUGCUGCAGAAGGACCUGGGCCAGUUGGAAAAGAAAAGAUGUGCUUGGAUCUACGGUUAAAACUUGAUAAUAACAUUGGAGAAUCAAUUGAGAAAGUUAAUUUGGACCAAAGCUCGUGCCAAAUGGAAGUAUCCGGUUCUUUGUUUGCUUCUAAUAAUGGUCCUUACAAGGGAAUACUAAAGAGAAAUCGACGAGGAUGCAGAGGGCUAUGUAAUUGUCUGAAUUGUGUUUCUUUUCGUCUUCAUGCUGACAGAGCAUUUGAGUUCUCACGGAACCAGAUGCAGGAUGCUGAAGAUGUUGCUUUAGAAUUGAUGAAAGAAUUAGCAAACCUUCGACUUUUGCUGGAGAAAACUAUCAGUGAUGAUAAUGAUCAUGCUGCUAUCCAACUCAAUCCUGUUCAGGUUAAACAAGCAUGCAAUAAAGCACUGGAAACAGAAAAUCUAGCAAAAGAUCGCCUCAACCAGUUAAACUAUGAUCUCAGUGUUCACUGCAGAAUCCCAGCCUUGCUGCAGCCAAAGGUCACUUUUGCUAACUAUAUUCAAGAAAGAGCUUUUCCAGUGAUAGACCCAUCAACCAGUGCACAAAACAAACGAUAAGGUUAUAUAAAGAGUUGUAAGACAUCGAUAGCUGAUGUUUGUGCAUGGAAGCUGGCUCAUAAUUCAGAGCAAAUGCGUUGCACGGAAGAACAUGGUAUAUUUACUGCGUUGGGCCUAAAUGUGACUAUAGAAUGUAAGAUGUCUUCAAUGCAUCAAUGUGAUGGUUGAUACAUGUUGAGGCACUGGGAUACCUUUGUGCAGUAAGAAUGAGCAAUACAUCCUGUUAAGAUUUUGCAACUCAUCAUAUAAAGUUGCUCGUAUAUGUGACAAUUGUUUCUCAAGUAUAGUCAUGUCCUAUUGAUUGAAUCUGAUACCGAUGGAGUGCA